AAAUCGUCCCCCCUCUUAUCCCAGCAGUAGCUACACUCAAGUGCAGCUUCUAGAAAAGUCUGAAAUAAUUUUGUGUAGUAUCUGAAAAAAAAUGCCGUGUGGCAAAAAUUUUAGAAGGAGAAAGGACUCGUCCGAUGUGGAGGAGGAUGAGACCACCGAAGAAGUCAGGCAUAAGUUAGAAGAGGCUAAAGAGCUACAAAGUCUGCGCAAACGACAGAGCGGAAUCAGUGUGACCGCCUUGUUGGUUGGAGAAAAACUUCCACCAGAGGCUGAAAUUGAGAAUGACCCAUUUAAACUGAAGACUGGGGGAAUUGUUGACAUGAAGAAAGUGAAAGACAGGAAUAGAGACAUGACAGAAGAUGAGACAGACCUCAACCUGGGGACGUCUUUUUCAGCCGAGACAAACAGAAGAGACGAGGAUGCGGAUAUGAUGAAAUAUAUUGAGACGGAACUAAAAAAGAAGAAGGGCCUGGUGGAGGCUGAGGAGCAGAAAGUUAAGGUGAAGAAUCCAGAGGACCACCUGUACGAGCUGCCCGAGAACAUCCGAGUCAAUUCCGCCAAGAAGACAGAGGAGAUGUUGUCUAAUCAGAUGCUGAGUGGCAUCCCUGAAGUUGAUCUUGGCAUUGAUGCAAAGAUAAAGAACAUCAUCCAGACAGAGGAUGCAAAAGCAAAACUUUUGGCAGAACAAAGAAACAAGAAAAAAGACCACGGCACAUCAUUUGUACCCACGAAUAUCGCUGUUAACUACGUCCAACACAAUCGAUUCUAUCAUGAGGAUGCAAAUGCACCGCAGAGACACCAUAGACACAAAGAAGAACCCAAAGCAAGACCGCUGCGUGUGGGCGACACAGAGAAACCAGGUCCAGAGGCUCCGUCACCACCAAACUACCGAAAACGUCCAAACAAUGAGAAGGCUACAGAUGACUACCACUAUGAGAAGUUCAAGAAGAUGAAUCGGCGAUAUUGAUGAGAUGGAUAUAUAUAAAAACAUUUUAAACUCAAGAUUCAUUUGAGGACCCCAAACGGCUUUUAAUGGCAUAGCUCUAACAUCAGGGCAACACUGUGUAAUUAUUGUAUAUAGCUCCUGCUGUUUGUCUGUAUACAAUACAGUUGUUAAUGUCUCAGAUGAUUUCUUUUGCUCAAGAUUGUCUUAAGUUUAGACAGGAAUACGCUAAGGAUGCAGGUUCUGGUCUUAAACUGGUCAGGAUUUUUUUUAAGUGUCCACUGUUAAAUGUUUAGCUGUAGGUUUGUGUUUAAAGAUUUCAGAAAAAAAAAUAAAAAAAGAACCAAAAACAUUGUAA